AUGAUUGAUGCAGGUUCUACAUUUGAUUUGACUGCCCCUCCUCAAUUUUUAUAGCCUAAGAUUAAUGUUAGCAAACAACCUGAGUAGGCAAUCAAUAAGCCUUAAAAGGAAUUGCAACAAAAGACUCAAAACUCGAAUUCGAAACUACCUCAAUUGAGCAACAAUUAGAAUGCGACCAAAAAUGCUAACUAAAAGUAAACUCAAUAAGUGCAACAGCAAUCCCCUAAGCCGAUUCAAAAAGCAAAAAAGAUAGAUUUGUUUAGAGAUGCAUUAUAAUAAGCGACAACAAAAUAUUUACCUCCUGGGAAAAAGGAGAAGGACAAGACUCAAAAGCCUAAACCAUAAUAAGAAUUGCAGUAGCAAUAGAUGGAGGAGAUCAAGAAGGAAUACGAGGAUUUAGUGCAAAAUCAUUAUAAGGACUUAUAUGUUCAUGUGGCAAAUGAGUAAUAGAAGAGUUUGCAGGACUUACAUAAUAAGAGAAUUGUAACUGCUUUGUAGGACUUGGAAUCCCGACCUAAAGUUCAGAAUGCUCUCGAGAAGAAGGAGGAACAAAUCAAUAAACAAAGGUUGUACAAAGAUAGAUUAUUGUAUGAAAUCAAGCAAAUGAUCAUACAGAGUAGAAGACUGGAUGAAUUGCUGAACGAUUUGGUAUUGUAGAAUGAGGAUACAGUUAAAGAGACAAUAGAAGAGUUACUGGAGAAAGAAUAAAUCUAGGAAGAUAAAAUGGCUAAAUAAUCAUAUGAAAUCGCUAAGUUGAGAGACAUGUAUCUAAAAAGAAGGAAACUAUUAUUGGAAGUGUAAAAGUAAUGUCAAAUAACCUAUGAUGGGUUGAAAAUUAAAUAUCAAUAAUAUGAAGCAUCUUCGUAGAGUAUGAUGAGUAGAAAGAAGCAAUUAGAAUCUUUAUCCAAGAUUGUUGCAAAGUAUAGAAGUGAGUUUUAAAGUUAACAGAACUUUUUUGGAGCCAGUUUAAGAGGGAGAUUUGAUCCCAUGUUGGAGGAAAUUCUGGAGGAUGAAUUAUCCAAAUGUGGCGAUGAAUAGGCCUUGGAGAUUGUGUAGUAAGGGGAAAAGAAAAUUAUUGCCAUUAAGGAGGAUAAUGAAAAGAGGAAGAGGGGGGAACAGAAAGAUAAGGCUAAAUUGGCGAUCGAGAAUGCAACUCAAAAUAUUAAUAAGCAAAAAUAGGAUAUACAAUAGGAAUUAGAGAAAAAGAAAUAAAUGUUCCAAAAAUUAAGAGUAGUUACUAGCAUUUCAAAUUAAGAGAUCAUGAAGAAAUAUAAAUUAAAUAUGGAUUUAGAUUAAAAGGAAUUAAAAAACAUUUAAGAAUAUGUUGGAAAAGAGAUUGAAAGAUACGAAAGAUAGAAUGAUGAAUUGAGGGCAGAAAUUAAAAAAUUGAAAUAUGAAUAAGAGAAUUCAAUCUUGGAUGCUCAAAUAAAUUUAGAUGAAUUAGAAAGAGAUGUAACUAAAUAAUAAGAUUUGUUUUCAGAAAAAGAAAAAUAAGUCAAAAAAGUUGAAAAAUCCAUUGAUGAAGUGACCAUGUCCUUAUCAAGAAUCAUGUAUCAAUUAAGUGGCAAAGGAAUGAAAGCCAAAAACAUCGAAAUCAAAAGGUCUGCUUUAGUAGCAACAGCCUCCACUAUUUAACUUCGUUUAGAAAGAAUGCUUACUGUCUUAUCUAAAACAUAAGAGUUUUUAAAUGAAGAAUCUAUCAAUACAAAUCCUAGAUAUAAUAAGGUAGAAGAUUUCAUAUGUUUGAAUCCAAAAAGUUAUAUAUCGCAAGAUAUCAAUGAACAAAUAGAAGGCAACAUAAAGUUUGUGUAUAAGGAGGAAGACAGCUCUGAUGAAGAUUGCAAAGAGAUGGAUGAAGUCAGAUAAUAAGUCAAGUUGAAAGCUUAAGAGGAUAAACCUUAAGUAGUUGUAGUACAAAAGAAAGAUAAAAAACCUAAUAAGUGA